CCUCUGCCUUCCACUCCAUCUGCAGCUCUGUCGACCCGUGUUUGUCUUCUGUUCUACUCUUAACCAUGUCAGCACCAAAACCAAACAUCACAAAGCUGAGGGCAGUCAUUUCCCUCCUGAUUGGGGCCUACGAUGAUUAUGCCAGUGCUGAGGGCUGUAAGAAGACCUUAAACAAGAACGAGUUCAAGACUUUGAUACAGACGGAGAUGCCUGAACUGCUCGAGAACUCAAGGUCCCAGAAACAGAUGAAAGAGAUGUAUGAUAUGUUCGACCAUGACAGAGAUGGUGCGGUCGACUUCCAAGAGUUUGCUACGACCGUAACUGCUCUGGCCUGUUGCUUACGCGAAAUGCCCCAAUGAGUGAACACUGCGUCUGCACCCUUGGGUGGGGCCAAAUGACACAGAAUAAAUCCCUGUGGUGACUGUUUUGUUGAACUACUGAAUAAAAAUCACUAACUUACCAUUUA